AUGGAAAAUGCAUUUGGGUUUGGUUCAUCACAAGGCUUUUCGCAAAGCUCUCAACACGCAGUUGGGUCUGCCGAUGGCACCGACGUUUCGGAACUGAACCUCCUCAAUUGGCCACCCGAGGAAAAUGCCAUCUUCGAUUGGGAUGCACUCAACGCUGAGCUGCUUGGCGCUCCCUCAGACCCUAACUGUGAGCAGUGGUCACUAUUGAUGGCGACUGACCUGCCUGGGCAAUCAGUGAUGCCAUCACUUCAUACUAUCCAAAGCGACACUCUCGUCCCAUCACCUGAAACCCAAAUAAACGCCGCCGGUGUCCCUGCAACUCUUAACCGCCCUCCAGAACUAUAUAACCCUGUGCCUAUGCGUCGCGGGCUUACUGAUGUAACCCAAUUCCUAGAUGGUGCUUAUUGUCCACCGCAUCCCUGUAGCUAUUGCCGUAAGCACCGGUUGCAGUGUCUUAUUAUCCGGACUGCUCCAGCGAAUCCGAACCCAGUUACUGCGUGCUCGAGCUGUGUGGCUUUAUUCCGCGAAUGUAGCCUCGCAGUAGGAGAAAAACGCCAGCCUUCUGGAUUUGAGACUCUCGUCCCAGCGAUCGGCCAUCUCCAUGGGCUCCGAGAGCUGAGCGAAGAUGCCACUUUCGCGAACCAGGGCACCAUCCUGGAACAGGAGAACGAGCUAGACAUUUCUAUGCUAGACCCUUCCAAAGGCAAAACCGAACCCAGGGAUUCCAAACAGUUCAUCAGAAAAGGAGCCAGAGUCUUACGGGCUUGGUUCCUCCAGAACCAGGAAUGUCCCUAUCCAUCCGAAGAGCAAAAAGCCCAACUUCUCCGUGAGACAGGCUUCUCCAAGAAACGCAUCUCAACAUGGUUUGCCAAUGCCCGCCGACGCCAAAAACAGAAGAUGGAAUUCACCGGUCGUCCUCAGAUUCAACGAGCUGGCUCUCCAAUGCCUACCAGCCAAUUGACAACAAUGACGCCCUUUGAGCGAUGGCAGGCAUCCCCCCCGGAAGAUGACCCGGUGCCCGAAUCAGCGAUCAGAGAUGCGAUCGCCCAUUCUACAGCUGAUUUGGGCUGGGGUGACAUACCCGCUCCGAUUAACCACAAUUUCCCAACCGGGUCACCACUGCUGAACUUCGACUCGACAUCGUCCCUCUUCGACUCUUCCGUGUCAGGAUUCGGGAGCAGACAAUCAGAAGCAUCAUCCGACAGCAACUCCACGGCAUGGAGCCAUCGAUCAUCCAAUGAUGGUGCCUUGCCAUUCCCCAUAAAGCCACCCAGACACCAUAAACGCCGACCUUCACACGCUGUCGAAGAAUACCGAUACCAAUGCACUUUCUGCCCACAAUCAUUCAAAAAGAAAAACGAUUGGACACGCCACGAGACAAGUGUCCAUCUCUCCCUGGAAUCAUGGAUUUGCACCCCGAACCUUGCAGACCUGGAAUUGACCGAACUGGACCAGCUCGCGUGUACGUUCUGCGCCUCGUCAUUGCCUUCCCACGCCCAUUGGGAAGAACACGACUUCCGUGUCUGUGCGGAGAAACCUGUAGACCAGCGGUCGUUCGCUCGAAAAGACCAUCUCUGGCAGCACCUGCGCAAGUUCCAUGGCUGUACCAAGUCUCCUAUUCCGGACCUUGAGGCCUGGCGGUCGACGAGAGGCGAUAUUCGAAGUCGGUGUGGCAUCUGUGGACUGCAGCUCAAUACAUGGGCGCAAAGGACCGAUCAUCUGGCGGGACAUUUUAGGGAGGGCGCCCGGAUGGACCAGUGGGAAGGGGACUGGGGAUUAGAGCCAGAGAUCUUGGGCGUCUUGAAAAAUGCAGUGCUCCCGGGAAAACGUGAUUAUCGAACAUGA